AUGUUAUUAUUUCAGAUGAAAACCUUAAAAUAUCUUUUUCAUCCGACAACAAUAUGUCGAAUGCAAACAUGUAUUUUUUCGUCUCAACGUCGGUAUUUAGCUACGGAGAAAAGUGUUGAGACUGCACCAUCGGAAAUAGGCCCAUUGGCACCUGAGCUUCAAGUUAAUAAUCUCACUGGUGAUCAUCAAAAUGUUAUUGAAAUUGCUUUCAAUCGACCCGAAAGACGUAAUGCACUUGGCAAACAACUACUCAACGAGUUGGAGGCAACAAUCGAUAGUAUAAAAGAUUAUCAAGCUGUUAGAUGUAUUCUUUUCCGUAGUAUGGUUCCAAAUGUGUUUUGUUCUGGUGCUGAUUUAAAAGAACGAUUGACUAUGUCGCAAGAAGACGUAGGCCCAUUUGUAUCGAAAAUUAAAGAAAUAUUCUCGAAAAUCUUUGCUUUACCUGUACCAACAAUCGCCGCUCUUGACGGUUUGGCACUUGGUGGUGGACUUGAAUUAGCAUUAGCAUGUGACAUUCGUAUAGCCGCUAACACAGCCAAAGUUGGUUUAACGGAAACAAAACUCGGUAUUAUUCCUGGCGCUGGUGGUACACAACGUUUACCUCGAAUAAUUGGCGCAUCGAAAGCUAAAGAACUUAUUUAUACUGGACGAAUUUUGACUGGACAACAAGCCUAUGAAAUUCUUUUAGUCAAUGAAGUUGUUAAACAAAACGAACAAUUGAAUGCAGCGUAUCUACGUUCACUUGAAAUAGCUCAUGAAAUCGUUCAACAGGGUCCAUUGGCCGUCCAAAUGGCUAAACAAGCCAUUAAUAAAGGCCUUGAAGUUGAUCUGCAAACAGGUCUAGACGUCGAAGAAAGUUGCUAUAAUACUGUACUAACAUCAGAAGAUCGUAUUGAAGGUUUAAAAGCCUUUCAAGAAAAACGCAAACCUGUUUAUAAAGGCGUUUGA